AUGUCGAACUACACAGAGAUUAUCCCUCCUGCGUAUUUCCUACCCGGGGUUUGUCUCACAGUGGCUAGCCUCCUGUUAUUAAGCUUGGUCCAGAAUGCAAUCCACAAUCUCCCAUACUACCGUAUUCCUGCUGACUACACAAUAUUCCAGACCAUUUUCCCCCACGGGCCGAUGUUGAUACUUCAUCCAAAGUAUAUAAAUAAAGUUAGAAGACAUCCUUCUCUCAAUCUAGAGAAAGCAGUCAAGAAGGUAGUUUAUCCAUCACUCCCGGUUAGAGAUUAUCCAGGCUUUGAGACUUUUCGGGGCACAGAGAACCACCAUAUUUUGUUAGAUAUAAUCAACCAGAAGAUAACCCAGAAUCUGACUUUAACCCUGGAAGAGCAUUUUAGCCAACCCACAGUCUCCUAUAUUAUCGCGCGUCUAUCGACCCUUGUCUUCCUAGGAAAGGAACCACCUAUUCUACAACCUGUUAUUCACUGGUUUCUGGCGCCUGCUAGGAAGCUAAGGCAGCGUGUACAAGUAGCACAGCAAAUCAUCCAGCAGGAAAUAGAGAGGCGGCAAGAGAAGCCCAAGGCCAGGAAGCCGGAUACACUAGACUGGCUUCAUAAAAUCACAGCCGGUCGCUCCUUGGAUGUUACUACAGCACAGAUAGGUUUGACACUGGUAACAAUCCACACCAUAUCUAACCUCUUUACCAAUGUCAUUUACAACCUGGCAGCGAACCCGGAGUAUAUCCCGUUUCUGCAUGAGAAAAUCCAAUCGGUAUUGGAGGCCGACGGUACCUUUCACAAAACUAGUUUGACAAAGUUAAAGCUUCUGGAUAGCGUGGAGAUCACCCUCUCAGAUAGAAUUAUAAUUCCAAAGAAUACAAGUCUCGUUGUUUCCGUCCAUACUAUGCAAAAUGAGAGCAUUUAUCCGAAUCCGCAUACUUACGACAGGUACCGGUUUUAUCAAAAGCAGCAAGAGCCAGGCCAGGGAAAUAAACACCAGUUAGUGAUGACAAGUGCAGAGCAUUAUAAUUUUAGACAUGGUAUACACGCCUGUCCAGGUCAGUUCUUCGCAGCUAAUGAGAUCAAAAUUCUUCUCGCAUACAUUAUCAUGAAAUACAACCUCCGCUUCCCCGAUGGACAAUCGCGCCCUGCCAAUUGGGAGAUUGGACAGGACCUGAUUUGUGAUCAAACUGCGCAAGUCUUAUUCAGGGCACGGUAG